AAGCAGCUUCUCGCAUACUACUUACUACGGCUUGAAAUGUGACUCAAAAUAUACAUUACUGAAGGGUGCGAGAUACAAACUGGAAUACCGUUUUGUGACAACUGAAGGAUUGUGUGCGCGCUCGCCUCUUGCUAAUAAUAAUACAAGAAGUAGGGGAGAAUAACUUUGCCAUGACAGUGGAUUUGAUUGCGAUUUUCUGUUUAAUCACUACGGUUUCUGCAGUGGAAGAAACAGUGAUGGACACUCGCAUCGCCACAGCAGAGCUGGGCUGGACAGCAUACCCUACCUCAGGGUGGGAAGAAGUGAGCGGGUACGACGAGAACCUGAACACAAUCCGCACUUACCAGGUCUGCAAUGUAUUCGAGUCCAGCCAGAACAACUGGCUGCUGACGACCUUCGUCGAUCGCAGGAGUGCCCAGCGCAUCUACGUGGAGAUGCGCUUCACGGUCCGUGACUGCAGCAGCAUCCCCAACGUGCCCGGCUCCUGCAAGGAGACCUUCAACCUCUACUAUUAUGAGACAGAUUCAGUCAUCGCCACCAAAGGCACAGCUUUCUGGACGGAGGCUCCCUAUCUCAAAGUGGACACCAUUGCGGCCGACGAGAGCUUCUCGCAGGUAGAUUUUGGAGGGCGGCUGAUGAAGGUCAACACCGAGGUGCGCAGUUUUGGCCCCCUCACCAAGAAUGGCUUCUACUUGGCCUUCCAGGACUAUGGUGCCUGCAUGUCCCUGCUGUCUGUCCGUGUCUUUUACAAGAAGUGCCCCAGUAUUGUGCAGAACUUCGCUAUCUUCCCUGAGACCAUGACAGGCGCUGAGAGCACCUCACUGGUUAUUGCACGAGGUACCUGCAUCACCAACUCGGAGGAGGUGGACGUGCCCAUUAAACUGUACUGCAAUGGGGAUGGCGAGUGGAUGGUGCCCAUCGGGAGCUGCACCUGCAAAGCUGGCUACGAACCAGAUAAUGGGAAUGAGUGCAGAGCAUGUCCUCCAGGGACUUUCAAAUCCAGCCAGGGGUCGAGGCUGUGCUCCGCGUGUCCGCCAAACAGCAGAUCCACCAUGGAGGCCGCCACCAUUUGUGUGUGUCGCAAUGGCUACUACCGUGGAGACAUGGACCUCCCUGAUGCCGCCUGUACCAGCGUUCCUUCAGGCCCUCGAAAUGUGAUCUCCAUUGUCAACGAGACCUCAGUCAUCUUGGAGUGGCACCAACCUCGGGAGACAGGCGGACGUGAUGACGUGAUAUACAACAUCAUCUGCAAGAAGUGCCGCACAGACCGUAAGGUCUGCUCCCACUGUGAUGAAAAUGUGGAGUUUGUGCCCCGUCAGCUGGGCCUCACCGAGACUCGGGUGUUCAUCAGCAACUUGUGGGCCCACACGCGCUACACCUUUGAGAUCCACGCAGUAAAUGGAGUGACCAACAAGAGUCCAUACCCUCCCCAGCAUGUCUCCAUCAACAUCACCACCAACCAAGCUGCCCCAUCUAUGGUUCCCAUCAUGCACCAGGUCAGCUCCACCAUGAAGAGCAUCACAUUGUCCUGGCCACAACCUGAACAACCUAAUGGCAUCAUCCUUGACUAUGAGCUUCGUUAUUAUGAAAAGGAUCACUCUGAAUUCAACUCAUCCAUGGUGAAGAGCCAGACCAACACAGCUCGCAUUGAUGGCCUCAGGCCUGGGACUGUGUAUGUGAUUCAGGUUCGCGCCAGGACUGUUGCUGGCUUUGGAAAAUACAGUGGCAAAAUGUGCUUUCAGACUCUGACAGAUGACGACUACAAGUCAGAGCUGAGAGAGCAGCUGCCUUUGAUCGCUGGCUCUGCAGCUGCUGGUGUGGUGUUCAUUGUCUCUUUGGUCGCCAUUUCCAUCGUCUGCAGCAGGAAGAGAGCCUACUCUAAGGAAGCCGUUUACAGUGACAAAUUGCAGCAUUACAGCACAGGCCGAGGCUCUCCUGGGAUGAAAAUUUACAUUGACCCUUUCACAUAUGAAGACCCAAAUGAGGCAGUUCGAGAGUUUGCAAAGGAGAUUGAUGUGUCCUGUGUGAAGAUUGAAGAAGUCAUUGGUGCAGGUGAAUUUGGAGAGGUGUACAAGGGCCGGUUGAAGCUACCUGGAAAACGAGAGAUCUAUGUGGCCAUUAAAACAUUAAAAGCUGGUUAUUCUGAGAAGCAGAGGCGGGACUUCUUGAGUGAGGCCAGCAUCAUGGGCCAAUUUGACCACCCCAACAUCAUCCGGUUGGAGGGGGUAGUCACAAAGAGCCGGCCAGUCAUGAUCAUCACAGAGUUUAUGGAAAAUGGCGCCCUGGACUCCUUCCUUAGGCAAAAUGAUGGCCAGUUUACGGUGAUCCAGCUUGUGGGGAUGAUGCGAGGCAUUGCUGCUGGGAUGAAGUACCUGUCGGACAUGAACUAUGUCCACAGAGACCUGGCAGCCCGCAACAUUCUAGUCAACAGCAACUUGGUGUGCAAGGUGUCUGACUUUGGGCUUUCACGCUACCUUCAGGAUGACACCUCUGACCCCACUUACACCAGCUCCCUGGGUGGGAAAAUCCCAGUGCGAUGGACAGCCCCAGAGGCCAUCGCCUACAGGAAGUUCACCUCGGCUAGUGAUGUCUGGAGUUACGGUAUUGUGAUAUGGGAGGUGAUGUCCUUUGGUGAGCGACCCUACUGGGAUAUGUCCAACCAGGAUGUGAUCAAUGCCAUUGAGCAGGACUACCGGCUGCCCCCCCCCAUGGACUGCCCUGCUGCCCUGCAUCAGCUCAUGCUGGACUGCUGGCAGAAGGACCGCAAUGCUCGACCUCGUUUCCCAGAGAUCGUUAACACGUUGGACAAGAUGAUCCGCAACCCCACUAGCUUGAAAGCCGUGGCCACUAUCUCUACUGUGCCUUCUCAGCCCCUUCUUGAUCGCUCUGUGCCAGACUUCACUACGUUCAGCUCUGUGGAAGAGUGGCUGGGUGCUAUCAAAAUGAACCAGUAUAGAGACAACUUCCUGAGCUCUGGCUUCACUUCCCUACAGCUGGUUGCACAGAUGACCUCAGAAGACCUCCUUAGGAUAGGGGUAACUUUAGCUGGGCAUCAGAAGAAGAUUCUCAACAGCAUCCAGUCCAUAAGCGUACAGAUGAACCAGUCAUCGACGUCUAUGGCAUGACAACAGGAUGCUCCAUGGGACAGAUCCUUAAGCCCUCUCAGUGCUUUGGACAUGACAAGAUAUAACUGGGUUGAAACGAUCAUAUUAAUUUAACAUCAUUUAUGGUGCAAAUCAAUUCAACUGCUAAACAAAUGUCCAUUAUUUUUCGCCAUUUCAUGCAAGGAUCACAAUGGAUAGUCACCCCAGUGACUCCUGUAUUUUGCUUGAAAAUUAUAACGAAACAAAGUAUUCAAAAUAGACUUACACAAAAUGCACAGACUGUGGAAUAUCGUCAAUUAGGAUUUCUGCUUAAUGAAUUUUAACUUUGGGUUUUCUUCUUUCUUUGAGUCUGUAUGUUUCUCACUUGGAAAAGUUGGAGUACAAACUGCAAUGUAUUUUUUUUUUCUCUCCAUGAAUGCCGUGAUGCUUUCUAACAAGAAACAACUGUGCUACCUGAUGAUGUCCAGGUGGAUGUCAUUGCCAAAGGACUGACCUAACAGUUGCUCCCGGAUUUUAAAUCCAUCAGAGAAUUGAAUGAAUUUUAAGAAAUAAAAAUCUUCAUAUUGAAGGUGAUACAUUAUAAGCAUAUGUACUUUUUCUGCUUGCAUUUUUGGCAAUUACGUGUGUGUUAACUGGAUUGUAACUGACUUUCAGGACCUCUGUCCUUUUUUAAGAGGCACUGUGUCGACAAAACCUAUACAUGUGUUGCUGGUUGGGGCUUCAAAUAUGGAAGAUAAGACAACAACGGAAAACAGACAAUGUCUUGACCAACACUGUAAAAAAAUACCAUAUAUAAAUGUUCAGUGUCAGUUAACUGGCCUAUGGAAAGUGAUUCUAGCUCUACAGACAUAUUGAAUUGUUUAACGUGAGCUAUCCAUGCCAUGCUGAGGUUUGCUGGUGAGCAUUAUAAGGGAAAUGGAGACGUUAUUUUUUUCUGAUUUCCUACUUCGAGUUGGAACAUUUGGAUCAUUGUGCAUUUCUAAAUAGACUGUCCCAGCUUGGCAGCUUAAACACUCUGGUACGUACCUUUUGUUGAUCUCUCUGAUGUGUAUGAGGGAUGAUGCACAACACAUGAAGCAAUGGUUGGCCUAACAUGGUAAGGCUUAACUACAGAAGCACUUCCUUCAGCAAAACACAAAGAAACAUCAAACUUCAGGAUGGUAGCAAUGUUUCGAUAUGGGUCUUUCUUUGUAUUAUAGCAUGUGUUUGUUUUCCCAGCUUGUUUCUUUCUGUUCUCCUCAAGGACUGAUGAUUAAGAUUUAUUUUGGGUGUUUAAAGGCCUCUCUUUUCUGUUUGCUGCUACAUACAGUAGGUUAGUCGGCUUAAGUCCUAGGCUACCCUUAAUCAUUGGCACUGAAGUAAUUUAUUCUUUCACAGUCAUAAGUUAUGUCUUUCAGAUUUACUGUGUCUCUUAAUAUCGUCGUUUGGUGCGUAUUUUUCGACCCUGGACUCUUUGCAGUCUUUUUUGAUAGUAAGUUAUGAAGUAGUAAAUAAGAAGGAACAAACCUUGCAUACACAAAAAACUAAAGACCUUAAAAGCUAAGUGAGCUAAUAAUCAUCUAGGAUUGUGGGAGUAUGGAACAAGCUGUCCAGAUAUUUUGUUGAAGCCAAUAUCAGAUCAGUUCGCUAAAAACUGCCAAACAGGUCAGAUGUGCUACAGGUCAGUCUGCUCUUGCUUGUAAUCUUUCUAAUGUUAUUAUAAUAACUGCUAACUGAAGCUAUAAAGAAGAUAGACAUGAAUGAAAGCAAGUCUCUUAUUUAACUAGAGGGAAAGCUUUGCAAGUGAAUAGAUGGAAAGAUUUACUUGUCACUACAUCUGUAAUAAGAAAUCAAAGAGAAUGUAUGAAAGAAAAAAUUAAAAUGUACAUACCCUGUAUUUCCAAUUAUGAUGUAUUGAAUGUGCAGUCCCUAACUGUUAUAUUUACAGGUCUUUGUGAAUGAUGUGUAUACGCAUGUGGUAUUUUUCCUUUCAGAAUUAUGUAUAGUAUUUGAAUAGCUGAUCUUAUUGGAUGUCACAGACCCCAGGUUCCAUUUAUAGGGGAAAUUACUUAAACUGAAAGUUCACAAUUUUAUGAUACCCUUCAUAACCACAAUAAUGGACCCUCACCAUGAGGACAUGAAGGUAAAUAGAGGGCUUUAGCAGAAGAAAAUAUAAGAUAGUGAAUGAGUAGGGAGAGUUCUAGAAGCUGUUUACUUCAGUUCUGUAUAAGACCUUUUUGGAAUGGGUUUUAUAUAGACAAACAUUUCCUCAAAGAAAUUCAGUGUUUGAUAAUAUUAGAAAGAGAAGCGUUUAUGCCCAAAAGACUCAAAUUCAAUGCUACAGGACCAUACCAUUUUUAAUUCAAUAGUAAUUUAAUUAUUUAAUUCAGGUUAACAUCCAUCAGAUAAUUACAGGAAAUAACUAGUGCAAAUUUGUAAGAUUAACCUUUCUCUUAACCUUCUCAAAAUUUAUUUCUUUUCCUUUGAAUAUUAUAAAACAUGUGUACAAUGUAUAAAGGGAAUUUUUUUAAUUAUGAAACAGGUUAGUCAGUCAGGACUCAUUUUAAAAUGCUACUCAAAUUCUUUAUACAGUGAUUCCCUUUCUUUGUUUUCAGUCUUAUACCUUAUACUCAAAUUGACAUUAAAACUAAAUGUACUUUUCUUUAUUUUCUUUUAUGUAAACUCAACGGGUUUAGAACUUGUUUCUGAAAUAGCCAUUAAUGUGUGAUUAACUGAUUGUCUGCCCACUAGUAUUGAAAAAUGGUGAUUUCACAAAAGAUGACAGCACUAGAAUAAAUCAAUGUUGUACAUUAAUACAAAUGGUAAAUUCCAAAUGUGGCACUAAAUGGUGGCUUUGUGUUUGGCAGAGACUUCUUACACAAUGGAAAGUAUUGGUGUUCGAAACUUGUAUUUGACAUGUGGGGCAGAGUUUUGGUCUUAUCCAGGCUUAGAAUAAGGGUGGAUUCUUCAAUUCAGAAAUGUUUACUUUUUAAAUUCUGUGAAUCUAAAUGGAUAAAGAAACAUUUGCUUUAUUAGUUGAUUCUAAACCUUGAAACCUCCAACAUAUACAGUGUAAUAAGUUCCUUGUAACACAUGAGUGAAUUCCAAGACAGCUGAAUUGACAGAUCAUCUCUCUACCUGAGAAAGAAAAAAAGAACUUUCAAGCAUUUCUGUUGUUCACUCAUGUAAAAAUUCAUGGAUUAAAUCUCCAAGGGGGAACAUUGA